AUUUCAGCACACAUCCUGUCACUGAAAGCUUGGGAGGAACUAAGACAUAAAAGAAGAACGACAAAAAAAAAAAUGGUCAAGAAAACAGUGACGAUCGCUUUGGCUGCACUGGUGUUGUCAUCUGUUGCCGUUUUUGUGGGCGUCUUCUUCGGCGUGAGGAGAAAGUCAUCAGCUGAUGGGCAGAUCUACCUGAAGGCUGCUGUGGCAGCAGAUGCUGGACCCUGCUCAGAGAUUGGCAGAGACAUCCUUCUAAAAGGAGGGUCAGCCGUGGACGCCACCAUAGCUGGAUUAUUAUGUGUUGGACUGAUGAAUGCUCACAGUAUGGGCAUAGGCGGGGGGCUUUUCUUAACAAUCUACAAUGCAAAAACUGGAAAAGUGGAAACGAUUGAUGCCAGGGAGACGGCUCCACACAAUGCAACGAGGGACAUGUUUGGAAAUAGUACAGAUUUAGCUACGACAGGUGGUUUGGCCAUUGCUGUACCCGGGGAGAUACGAGGCUACCAGAUGGCCCAUCAGCGACACGGGAAACUGCCUUGGAAAGAUUUGUUUCAGCCGAGCAUUCAGCUGGCAGAAAAAGGUUUUCCUCUGGGCAGGGCCCUGGCUUCUGCUAUAUCAGACAAAAGAGACAUCAUCCUGAAUGACAAAGUCCUGUGUGAAGUAUUUUGUGGGGAAGAUGGCGACGUCUUAAAAGAAAACAAGACCAUUAAAUUUACUAAACUGGCAGAAACCUACAGAAAAAUAGCAGAGGAGGGUCCUGAUGCCUUUUAUGAGGGCUCACUAGCCCAAAAUCUUGUGAACGAUAUUCAAGCAGCAGGCGGAAUCAUCACAAUGGAGGAUCUGAAGAAUUAUACGGCUGUUUUAGAUGAGAGCCCUCUGAGGGUGAACGUGGGGGAGUACGCCAUGGUUGUUCCCAAUGCCCCCGCGAGCGGCCCCGUGCUAUCGCUGAUAUUAAACAUCUUGAAUGGAUACAACUUCACUGCAGACAGUGUGGCAAGUCCAGAGAAAAAGAUCCUAACCUUCCACCGGAUUGUUGAGGCGUAUCGGUUUGCCUACGCAAAGAGGUCGUCCCUUGGAGAUCCCAGAUUUCUCAGCAUCGAUAAUCUCAUCCAGAACCUGACCUCCCAAUCGUUUGCUGAUGCUCUCCGUGAAAAAAUCAGUGACAGCAGCACGCAGCCUGUGAACUACUACGGGCCAGACUUUUAUCUGCCAGAUAAUCAUGGGACGGCUCACAUUUCUGUGGUGUCUGAGGAUGGAAGUGCUGUGGCUGCAACCAGCACCAUUAACCAUUAUUUGGGCUCCAAAGUGAUGUCAAACUCUACAGGGGUUAUCUUCAACAACGAGAUGGAUGACUUCAGCUUUCCACUCAUAACAAAUGGCUUCGGUGUUCCUCCUUCUAAUAGCAACUUUGUUGAACCAGGGAAAAGGCCAAUGUCGUCCAUGGCUCCAGCCAUCCUUUUUGAUAAAGACAACAAGGUAAAGAUGGCUGUUGGAGGUUCUGGAGGAACAAAAAUCACAACUGCCAUUGCUCAGGUUAUCCUGAAUGCACUGUUCUUCGACUAUGAUUUGGAGAAAGCUGUGUCAGAUCCGAGACUCCACAACCAGCUCCUGCCCAACACCACAGAAGCUGAACCAGACUUUGACCAAAACAUCCUGAAUGGUUUAAAAGCAAAAAACCACAACACAAAAUACCUCAAAUCCUUUGGAGCUGUGGUGCAGGCGGUGGUACGUUACAAAGACGGACUCCGUGCUCAGUCAGAUCACAGGAAGUUUGCAUAUGCAGCAGGAUACUGAGACCAUAUCUGGGACGGUACAGACUGUGAAGCUGCCUGACACCUUGAGGACAUCCUGGAAGGGUGACGUAAAGAUGAGCCGAUGAAGAAGGCAACAUGCUUUUUGCGCAUAAUAGUUUUGACUAGAAAGAUGUCCACUUUCAGACAUGACGCCCCAGCUGAUUCUAUGAAAAUCAUUUUUUGAUUUAAGCAUCGGAUCUGCAAAACCUGAGCUGAGCUAAGAGAUGAAAUACCUUUGAGACCAUUAAAGACCAUUAAACUAUAUGCAGUUUAAUGGAGAUUUGUUUUGUAAAACAUUUCUUUUGUUAAGCUGUUUUUUAAGGUUUCAAACAUGGAAAUUUUUUUUCAAGUAAUCAAAAAGUUGCUUUGUUACUUAUAGAGCCAAAAUGUUUAGUAAGGAAAAACAAUCUUUCAUUACUUAAACUGCAACAAUCUGUAAUUUUUAAUUACAGAUUGAAAUUUGUAUGUCAACCUUUAAUGUAUUAGCUCCUUUUACCUCAGCUUUAAAGCAUAAAUAUAUUGCAUCACUCCUAUUUUAAGGAUGACUUUAAACAAUAAAGUUAUUUAAUGAACAAAG